UUCUGUCUUUGCUUUUAAGUGAUGCCCAAUCAAACAUCAGUCACUGAAUUUCUUCUCCUCGGAGUGACAGACAUCCAAGAACUGCAGCCUUUGCUCUUCGUGCUUUUCCUCGCAAUUUACUUGGUCAUCGUGGCUGGGAACGGAGCCAUCCUGAUGGUUGUCAUCUCUGAGCCAAGACUCCAUUCUCCUAUGUAUUUCUUCCUGGGAAACCUGUCCUGUCUAGAUAUCUGCUACUCCACAGUGACACUGCCAAAGAUGCUGGGGAACUUCCUCUCCUCACACAAAGCAGUUUCUUUCUGGGGAUGCAUAAGCCAGCUUCACUUCUUCCACUUCCUGGGCAGCACAGAGGCCCUGUUGUUGGCCGUGAUGGCUUUUGACCGCUUCGUGGCUAUCUGCAAACCACUUCGUUACACUCUUAUCAUGAAUCCUCAGGCCUGUGCUCAAAUGGCUGUCACUGUCUGGAUCAUUGGUUUUCUCUAUGCCCUUCUGCACUCCAUAAUGACCUCUCACUUAAACUUCUGUGGAUCCAACUACAUCCAUCACUUCUUCUGUGAUAUUAAGCCAUUACUGAAGCUAGCCUGUGGGAACAUUGAGCUUAACCAGUGGCUGCUCAGCAUUGUCACGGGGACUAUUGCCAUGGGUCCAUUCUUUCUAACACUUCUCUCCUAUGUCUACAUUAUCAUCCAUCUUUCCUUCAAGACCCAUUCUUGCAGCACGCUUCAUAAAGCACUGUCCACUUGUGCCUCCCACUUCAUGGUAGUUGUUCUUUUCUUUGCUCCCGUUGUUUUCACGUAUAUUCGUCCUACCUCAGGUAGCUCCAUGGACCAGGACAGGAUCAUUGCCAUUAUGUACAGUGUGGUCACUCCUGUAUUAAAUCCACUCAUCUAUGCUUUGAGGAACAAGCAAGUAAAAGGAGCCUUAAGGAGGGUGAUCAGAAGGAGGCUCUGA